UAAGAAGAAAAUAAAUCAUCAUUCACUAUGAAUCCCAAAACAUACGUGUACUGGCGGCUCUUCGGCCACACGAUCGGCUUGGCACUCCACUCUGGGAACAAUAUUGCAAUGCACUUGGCGAUGCAGGGCGAUGUCUUGAAGGACCCAGAGUUAAGGACACUUAAAGCGACUCAAUUGAAAUAUAUUACAAUUUGGAAUGUAGCCUUCCAAACACUCUUUCUCCUUCUGAGCCUAGCGUGUGACAUAUCGUUCCUGUUAAAAGGAAAAAAUGAAAACAAAUAUAUAUCAUACGUAAGGAGCUAUAAAGAUAUAUUUUUCUCGAAUGUCGUGUGGCCUUUAAGUGUGACGAUAUGCGCAGUAUUCUGGCCAGUAUUCAUAAUCGACAGGGAAUUAAUAUUCCCUGUAUAUAUCGAUAAAGCUUUGAGUUUACUAUCAAAUCAUAUUAUGCACACGGCGAUAGUGCCCAUAGUGCUCUGGGAAUUAUGCUUCCAGCCUAGAAGCAGACCGAACUCUCACAGGUGGUUGGUCCUUCAUGCGACCAUACUUUCCUCGACAUAUUUGUAUGUGUUGUUAGAGAAUUACGCUGCACAUGGAAGAUGGCCAUAUCCAGUACUUAAGAAACUAUACGGAACCCCCUAUUUUAUUUUAUUUUACAUUACCGUUAUUGCCAUCUACAUACUGAUGUACUUCAUUCAAUGGAGUCUAACUGAUUUUAUAUUUAAAAAACCUAUUAAAUUACAUAAGAAAUAGUGACGUCACUGUAUUUUAUUUCGAUUUAUUUUUAUAAACUUUAAAU